AUGGCUGCCGAAGUAGCAUCGAAUCAUCCUAAGGAUGCCGACAGUCUCCUUAAUAAGACCAAGGAUAAUUCGGAUGAUGAUUUGAGCGAUGAAGAUAGGCAGCUUCGAGAUGAAUUGUAUAUGCUCUUACAACGUCUCGAGGAGCCCAAUGUUUAUUUAUACGAGACUGCACUAGAGAGUCUUAAGAACCUAAUCAAAUCAUCAACGACGUCUAUGACAUCUGUCCCCAAGCCCUUGAAGUUCCUACGUCCCCAAUAUGCCCGAAUUAAAAACAUUUAUGAAAAUAUUCAAGACCCUAAGAUUAAGGCUCUUUGUGCUGAAGUUGUUUCUGUGGUGGGGAUGAUAACGUAUGAUAAUCCGGACUACAAAACUGACACUUUGAAGUAUCGGUUGCUCAGUAAAAAAGAUGAUAUCGGUGUUUGGGGUCACGAGUAUGUUCGCCUUCUUACCAAACAGAUUGCGGAAGUUUGGGACGAAACAGAAGUCUCUAGUUCGGGGAAAGGGGUUCCGGAAAAAAGCAUGAAGCAAAAGGAAUACCUUGAGCUUGCGGGAAAAAUAAUUCCUUACUUGAUGGAGCAUAAUGCUGAAUCCGAAGCUAUUGACCUUUGCAUGGAGAUUGAAAAUCUGGACUUUUUGGAAAAUUACACCACUGAAUUGAAUUUUCAACGUGUGUGUCUUUAUCUCAUUAGUUGCACUGCUUACAUUCCUGAUCCUGACAACGUUAAGGUUCUUCGCUGUGCUGAGAAUAUUUACAGAAAGUAUAAGGACCUUGGCAACGCCCUACGUUACGCUCUGCGUUUAAAUGACGAAUCAUUAGCUCGGUCGAUCUUCAAUGAGGCUGCUUCCCUUCCAACAUCAAAAUACGGUGCGACUGGAACCGAUGUACGUCGGCAGUUGGCCUAUUUGCUUGGAAAGCACCAAUUUAUUGUGCCGUAUGACGAGGUUAUAGCAGAAGAAGAUGAAGACUUGGCUGAAAUGCUUGGCAAUACCCGCUUAUCUGAACACUUUUUAUCCCUUGCUAGAGAGCUGGAUAUAAUGGACCCUAAGUUGCCUGAAGAUGUUUAUAAGCAGCAUUUGGAACCGACCCGCUUGACUAUGUCGUCGAUGCUUGACACUAUGCGCACCAACACCGCCGCUUCUUAUGUUAAUGGUCUGAUCAAUUGUGGAUUUGGGAGAGAAAAAUUGAUACAGGAUGAGGGAAAGGACGGAUCAUGGCUAUCCCGGCAAAAAGACCUAGGCAACUUUCCACUCGCAGUAGCUUCGCUGGGGUGGGUUAUGCUAUGGGACGUGGACAGUGGUCUGUCUCAAAUCGACAAAUAUCUUUAUGCCGUGGAUGACCACACUCAAGCAGGUGCACUUCUUGGUUGCGGUGUGGUGAACUGUGGCGUGAAGAACGAGUGCGAUCCAGCCCUCGCCCUUCUCUCCUCUUAUGUGGAACACCAGACUGAUGUCUUAUCUCGAGCUGCUAUUAUUGGACUCGGAGUCGCCUACGCAGGUUCUAACAAGAUGGAAGCCAUAAACCACUUGGUUCCAGCCAUUCUCGAUUCUUCGUCUGGUCGCCUUCAACAUGCAUGUUUGGCUUCGCUCUCUGCUGGCAUGAUUGCCGUCGGCUCUAUGAACGAAGACGUUACAUCAACAAUCAUCCAGACCAUGCUCGAACGCCCAGCUGCUCAUUGGAACAACACCUUUAGUAAAUUCAUGGCCCUAGGUCUGGCUCUUACUUGCCUGGGACGACAAGAUGAGGCCGAAGUGAUUUUGGCUUCACUGGAAGCUGUGACUGAACCGAUGAAAUCUAUGGCACACAUGAUGUGUGAUGUCUGUGCUUAUGCAUGUAGUGGUAAUGUUUUAAAGAUUCAAAAAUUGUUACAUAUUCUCUCUGAAAAGUAUGAAGAGAAAACAGACAAAGUAGACAAGGCUAAAUCUACUUCUGCUGGAGCAGAAAAGUCUAAAUCUAAGGACCAUCAUCAUCACAAAAAGGAUUCGCGCCGGACCGCAGGUAAUGCAGGCAAUCGCCGAGUGCGUCGUCACGCAAAUUCCACUGGCACUAAGCCGUCCACGGAGAGCACUCAAGCAACAACAGAGGAACCAAUGCAGGUGGAUGAGCAAGCGGCCUCGUCGAACGAUGACGCGAAUGUUCCUUCUACCUCAACUCAGGGUUUCGACUAUCACGCUCACCAAGGCCUUGCUGUUCUAGGCGUCGCCAUAAUUGCUAUGGGUGAAGAAGUUGGCCUGGAAAUGGCAUUUCGUAUGUUUGGUCAUUUGCUCCGCUUUGGUGAGACACCAAUCAAGAGGAUCGUGCCAUUGGCGUUGGCACUUUGUUACAUCUCGAAUCCUCAACUUAAAGUUCUGGACACCCUCAGCAAAUUUAGUCACGAUUCUGAUCCCGAGUUAUGCUACAAUUCCAUUUUGGCGAUGGGUAUUGUCGGUGCUGGUACCAAUAGUGCUCGUUUGGCUGCAAUGCUUCGUCAAUUGGCUGGUUAUCAUUGCCGUGAUCCUUAUAAUCUGUUUUUGGUGCGUCUUGCACAGGGACUAACACACUUAGGAAAGGGCACUCUUACUCUCUCCCCUUGGCACUCAGAUCACGCCCUCUUCCGUCCAGUCAGCUUAGCUGGUCUCCUUACCUUACUUGUCUCCUGCUUGGAGAUGAGGAUGACAUUUAUGGGUCGCAGCGAUUACCUCAUCUUUUACCUGACUCCGGCCAUUCAGCCUCGUUUAUUGAUGACUUUUGAUAAGAACUUGAAGCCUCUCACAGUGACUGUUCGUGUUGGCCAGGCAGUGGACGUCGUGGGCCAGGCUGGACGCCCAAAAACCAUAACUGGCUUCCAAACACACACUACCCCUGUCCUCCUCGCCCACGGUGAGCGUGCAGAAUUGGCAACAGAUGAAUACGUGCCUGUAACGAAUUUGCCCCUCGAAGGCUUUGUCAUUCUAACGAAGAAUCCUUCCUAUGAGAAGCCAUCGGUUUCUGUGCAGCACAUGCUGAGUUUAAAGCACCAUAAGCGCUAUGAAGCUGUUCAGCGUAGCCUAGGAAAUCCUAUUUCGCACUUCUGCCCUGUUUGUGGGAUCGGUGGGAUACGAGACAUCAAGGCGUGGACUGACCACGUUUGUUCAAUUCUGCAUUCUUCUAAUUUUGGCCAAUAUAUGCAAAUAUCCAAUACCCAAAAAAUGGCAGUAAAACAGCAAAGAAAUGACAAAUUGGUGCAUAAAAGAUUGUUAAACGAGCCACAUAUUGGAGAAAGCUCUGUAUCCCUUGCAAUGUCUAAGACUCAGCCUGAGGUAAUCCUUCAGGAUCAAGUUUCAUCAUCUGGCAGUGGAAUCUCCGAAGAUCUAGUUGAAAAGGCAGGAACAUCACUAUCUCGUGAAGAGGUCCCACACACCAAUAUAGAUGACCGAGAAUCAAACUGCUAUCCGCGUUCCACGGUAAACGAACGGGAGUCACAUCAUUCAAUAAAUGAUCAAUAUUCAAAUGAUGGUUCUCCUUCACCAAACUAUUACAGAAUCCCUCUACUUGAUUAUCGUCGCUCCCGUUACUAUCCGGCGUCUCAUUCAUCUGGAAAUGAGCCGCCUGACGUUUACUGGGAUCGAUCUUCUCACCAAAGAAUGAACCGUUUUGAUUGCAAUAGAACUUAUGACUACCACCGCCAGAGCUAUCUUGUCAGACACCCUCGACCUUAUCGCAGUGGCCGAUCAUCCAUAUUACAAUCGCAUCUCUGUUCACCACGAUCUAACUCUUUUGUCAGCAAUGAACGACCAAAAAUAUCAUCGGAAUCCGACAGAGACAACGCUUCAAGGUCGGACUCUUGGCAUACUAGCCAAAAGGAGGCGCCAAUGGUGAACACGCGAAUAUCAGAAAACGAGCUGGCUCGCCAGUCGCCAGAAUCCCCAAAAUCGGUGCCGCAAAAUUCAAUGCAGCAAGAAUCGGCACAGCACAGGUUGUCUGCACAAGAGGGACCUUCAACAGAGUAUUCAGUGUCGGUAAUGACGGAUCCAUCCGCAAGACCUACUCUCUCAGCAUUGCCGCCUUCGAGCACUGUUGAGAAAACUCAUGAAGUUUGGGAACUAUCCGAGGCUCUGGAUAAGCUAAGGCAGCAACAACAUACCCUCACACACUACAUUCGACAAUUGAAGUAUAUUCGACAGCAGGCAAGUUUUAAAAGUGAAGAGAAGAGGCUUCUCAGGAAACGACGCUCAGCUCUUCUUCGAGAAAUGAAUCUGUCAGAUUCCCAGGCCGAAACCGGUUCUAGUGAUGAAUUCAAUGACAACACCGCAGAUGGGUUAGGUCCAAUUGAAACGGUAGUGGAGGGUCAUAACUUUGGAGAAGUAGUUGUCAGCGCCAGUGGUGCCACCUCUAAGGUCGUUCCCUCUGCUCCUGAAAUCGUCGAUGAGGCACGUGACCAGAGUAGACCCUAUCGUCAACCGCCUCUGUCGUCCGUCGCGGAGGUGAUGCUUGAUAAUGUUACUUCGAGCGCGUCAGUGGUGACGACGGUACUGCCAGCAUCCGGACUCUCAGGUGCCUGUACAAACUCUCCACAUUUCAUAUUCUUUUCCCCGUUUAUGGUUGUUGUUUUUCUGUAUAAAAAUGACAUACCAGGCAAGCGUAAAGUGAAAAUUAGCAUAUUCAUAGCCGCCAACAACUACGAAGGGGUGCAUUCAGCUGAAGGCGGUAAUGAGACUUUUACUUCGGAUGGACCCGAGUUGCCUAUGCUACCGACAAGGUCAAGGAAACAUUCUAGUCAGUCUGACCAAACUCCUUCGGUCUCUGCUGCUGCUGCUGCUGUCAAAGCUCCCCCAGAACAGCUGCUUGAAAAGGAUUCUAUGGUUCCACGAGGGGGCCGACGGCCCCGACGCAAAAAUCCAAGGAAUGUGGUCUCUGCAAGGCGUUCAUCCAGAAGAAAAGCUGCGGCAAAGCAUCAAUCUCAGACUCCGACCCCUUCCAAUGCUACAAAGAGAAGAAAAGUAGCGCAAGAUCCUCCAGCAGUGGAAGUAACAUCGGAAACAUUCCAGCAGACUCGUGAUGGAAAAGCAACAGAAGCAGAAUCGGAGUCUGGCGUGGAUCCAACACGCCUCCGUUGGGUACGCCAGUUGCUAAGUCACCCGCAGAGUCGAGUCUACACUUUCGCUGAGCUCGAUAAACUCGUCAUCGACAUUGUCAAUAGCGCUGCCCCUUCAAUCAGAGAAAAGGAGGACCUGGAUUCGGAGGAGUCUUUUAUGCCAGAAAUGACACACCAGGUUUUUGGCGAAAGUGUCAGCGAAAUAAUAUUCGGCUAUAAAGAUCCUAAUAUCACCAUUGCUUACAUGGCCGGAAGCCUUUCUACUUUUGUCGAUAUUAAAUAUUCAGAGAAGAUAUCUCAAUCGAUUUCUUGUGGAGUUGAGCCCGAUGAUAUUCUAAAAUCUUUGAAAAAUGUAUACACACAAGGCAUUUGCACUGAAAGGGUGGAUUUCUUGGACACAUUCGAGGGAGAGUUGAAGUUCAAGCCGUUCGGUAGUUUGCAAACUGCUUACACGAUCAACAGAGAUGGACAGUCCCGCGAGUUUGUGGUGUAUCGUGUUGAUCACUCGGCACCCGAUUUUGAAGCUUUUUCCAAGUAUCUUUUGCGCAUGGAACCCUUCCUUCUGUUCUUUGUUGACGAAUCAUCGUUCGUUGAUUUGGAUAACCGGUGGAGUUUCUACAUACUGUACGAGAAGUUUAGUUCUGCGAGCUCCUCAAACAUACGUUUCGCGUUCGCUGGCUAUGUGUCAGUUUACAAGUUCUAUGCGUAUCCAGAACACGUUCGGCCUAGAUUGAGUCAGAUGCUAAUUCUGCCUCCCUUCCAGAAAAUGGGUCACGCUACCCGACUUCUCGAAACGGUUUACAAAGACCUAACUCCUCUGACAGAAGUUAUUGACAUUACUGUGGAAAGUCCCUCAGGUGAUUUAACUCGGCUGCGCGACUAUCUGGAUAGCAAACGCUGCCUGGAGCUAGCCGAUUGUGUAAAGAUUCUCAAGGAGGUGAAGGAGACUGUGGAAACGGCGGUGGCGGGGACCAACGAAGCGGUACCAGCUGCAGAAGAGGAGGCAAAAGAUGCAGAAGAGGCGGCGCCAUCCAGCACCAAGCGCAGACGCCUCAGUGUCACUCCAGCGGAGACCCGCAGCAUCAACGCGGCCAACAGCUUCUAUAAGGUGGUGCGACAGCAGCUCAAGUUGUCACGUACGCAGUCACGUCGCGUCUACCAAAUUCUUCUCUUCUUCCUCCUCACCCACAACAAGCCUGAGGCUGUGGAGGCCUAUCGCAAGGCUCUUCUCAAGCGUACUCGCAUUGUCAACGGUCGACCUCGUUUGGCUUCGUCAUCAUUUGCGCCAAUAAUGAAUCGACACAAUUUGAUCACUGACCUUUUUAACGAAGAAUACGAACGCGAAGUGGCGCAGCAGGUGGAAACAGAGUUAAUUGCCUACAAGAAGAUCGCAGAGAAGUUGGAGGCAGCUGUCCGGGUGGGCGAGGUGGAUCUCAAGUGUCUUGUUGACUGA